AUGUUCGAGCCUCAAUUUAUAGCCAGGCAUCCUGUCCCGGGGGGUCUGAACCUCGUUGGCUGUCCUAUUGUUGUUGACCAGAAUGAUUUCGAAGGGGUCAAAAUUGCCGUACGGACAUUGUCUGAAGACUUCAGCAAAGUCACUGGAGGGAAGCCGAAUCCCGUGGUCCAGUCAACCCCCUUCACAGGAAGCACCGCAAUUAUUAUAGGCAGCAUAGCCAAUUCACCCGUUAUCAACACACUAAUCGCACAAAAAAAGCUAGACGUGUCUAGCAUCAAAGAUCAGUGGGAAUGUUACAUGACCCAGCUAGUCAGCAACCCCUUGGACGGUUGCAAGCAAGCCUUGGUCAUUGUCGGAAGCGACAAAAGAGGUACCAUAUUUGGCACUUACACCCUUUCACAACAGAUCGGAGUCUCUCCAUUCUAUUUUUGGUCGGACGUGCCCGUCAAAAAAGCCAGCGAUCUCUACGCGCUGGACACAACGACACGCGAUGGCCCUCCUACAGUCAAGUAUAGGGGGCUUUUCAUUAAUGACGAGUCGCCAUGUCUGACUGAAUGGGUCAAAGAAAAGAUUGGCCCCAAGUAUAAUGUAGAGUUUUACAAGAAGGUCUUUGAGCUUCUGUUGAGAUUGAAGGCAAGCCCACUGUGCUCCUGCUCUUUUUUUUAUCGUUGUGCAAACUUUCUGUGGCCCGCGAUGUGGAAUCAUCCAGGCCAGAGCUUCUUUGUCGAUGACGCUUUAAACCAAAAGACGGCAGAUGAAUAUGGAAUCGUCAUGUCGACCUCUCACCACGAGCCCAUGCAGCGCGCCAUGAAUGAAUGGUUUCGGGAGCCUUACAAUGAGCCUGAAGGUAGCUGGUCUUGGAUUACAAACAAAGACAAGAUAACGGAGUAUUUCCAGGAGGGUGCGGAGCGCGCCAAACCGUUUGAGAGUGUGUUGACUCUUGGAAUGAGAGGUAAAGGUGACCAUGUUAUUGAUGCCAAGGAUGUCACUUCAACUCUCCAUGACAUUCUCCAUACUCAGAGGUCCAUCAUCAAAAAUAUUUAUGGGAGCGAGACGGGCGAAAACCUAGAGGUUCUCGCGCUAUACAAAGAAGUGCUCACACAAUAUGAUCAGGGCCUCGAAAUCCCGGACGACGUCACUCUACUCUUUGCGGAUGACAACCAGGGAAGUAUUCGUCGGGUGCUCGUUGGCGAUGAAAAACGCCGAUCGGGAGGAGCUGGAAUAUAUUAUCACUUCGAAUUUGUCGGACACCCACGGAGUUAUAAAUGGCUCAACAGCAAUCACUUGCCCAAAGCGUGGCAUCAGCUCGACGAAGCAUACAACAAUGGCGUCGACCGUAUUUGGAUAUUCAACGUUGGCGAUAUCAAGCCAAUGGAGGUUCCUUUGAGCUUUGCCAUGAUGAAGGCUUGGAACACCCAUGCCUUAACCCCUUCCCAGCUCCCAGCCUUUUUUGACGCAUUCAUCGAUAAUACUUUCCCUCUCAGCACUGCGGAUGCCAAAGAAUGCUCACAACUCUUAUUCGAAUAUGACCAGUUGAUGGGUCUUGGAAAACACGAGUGCAUUGAAGAUGAUACGUUCUCCGUCAUCUAUUACGAUGAGGCGGAUACUGUACUACGGCGAUGGUCCGAUCUACUGGGCAGAUCAACUCUCAUCUAUGAGAAGGCACCGUAUGAGUUGAAGCCCUCCAUCUACCAACUAAUACACCACCCAAUCAAGGCAACCCAGAUCUACAUCGCCUUGAGGGUGGCGCUGGCAAAGAACAAGCGUUUCGCAGAACAGCGUCGGACAAUUGCCAACAAAUAUGCCCAGGAAGUCCUCCGCCUCUUUGAAGCGGACUUUGACUUGUCUAACGAAUACCAUGAGAUGCUUGGUGGGAAGUGGAAUCAUAUCAUGGACCAACCUCAUUACGGCUGUAGAUGGGACGAAGACCUUGCGCCAUUCCGUGAUAUGAUACCAGGAUUAUGCUACGUCCAGAGCCGUCAGAAAGCAAGCCCCAUUAUGGGUAGCUUUGGAAUUGCUGUCGAGGGGCAUGCUGGCUACCGGACUGGUCUCUGCUGUGAGGAACACGAUCUCCUCCAACCAUCCCGAGGCAACCGGGUACCAUCAGUGACGACAGCGCCAUUAGAGCCUCUUGGGGCACCAUCAAGAUGGUUUGAAGUGUACUCUCAUAGUUCGGAGUCGUUUCAUUGGUCGGUCAAGUCGGACACAGAAUGGUUAAGAAUGUCGAUAUCAUCAGGCUACCUGACGCCCGAAGAUUCAGCUGCCCGCAUCCACGUUUUCGUGGACUGGGCGUCAGUUCCCGAGCUUUUUGAUGGAGAGGCUCUCCUUGAAGUUCGAGCUGAUACGGGUUCGAUUGAAGUCGUUCAUGUACCGAUCAAGAAGCGCAAGAUCCCCGUCGGCUUCACUGGCUUUGUCGAGAGUGAUCACCUCGUCUCUAUAAAUGCGUCAAAUUUUGAUGCCUCAAGUGUCGCACAACGCUCCUACAAGACCAACCCGUUGAUAGGCCGCACAGGGGCCGGUGGAGUCUUGCUGGCAACCCGUGCUGAUGAUGCUGACAAGCUCGACUUUCUUCAUUAUUCGUUUUUCAACUACACGCCGAUGACGGAAGCGACAGUAGUUCUUUACUUUACGAUGACAUUCAAUACUGAGCCUUCAAAUCCUAUCAAGUACGACAUCUGCGUGGACGAUCUCCCUCACUCAUCUUUCCGCCUGGUUCCGGAUGCGCCAAACCCAGGUGCAAUGCCUCCUGGUGAUUUGCCGGCGGGUUGGAUGGAGGAAUGCCCAAGGCUGGUGUGGACGAGGAAGCAUCCCAUUGAACUCACGAAAACUGGUGCCCAUGUUCUGAAGAUACGCCUUAGACACACAAACUGUAUUCUAGAAAAAGCUGUUAUAGAUUUAGGCGGCGUUCGACCAAGCUACCUAGGUCCGCCAGAAAGUAGGAUGUUGGAGUAA